CAUUAAUUGCUUUUCCUAAACAUCUUCCCUUCACAGGUAUAGCCAUGUUGCAAGCCAAGACUACUAGCUACGAGCUUGAUUGCUAUGCGGCAUCCAUGCAGGAGUUGCAAAUGCCAGCGUUGCCGCAGGAACCACCGCCGCCGCCACCACCGUUGAGUGUCAUGGCCAGCGGUAUAAUCUAUGGCUUUAGGACCCGCCACCUGUCCUGCAUUGAGGAAAAUGAUUCUGACUCCUUGCAUUCCUCCUCCGUGCCACGCGCCUACGAUCUAAUGCAACAGGCCGACGAAACCUUCCAGAAACUGAGCGCUGAGCGAACCCACAAGUAUGGUGGUGGUGGGGACGAGGAUGAUGACGAAGAUGAGGACGAACUGCAGCAGGAAAUGGAGGAUAAUAUAGCCACAAUAGAUGAGUCACGGCUCUACGAUCCAUGCUACUUAGACGAGCUGGCCGCCUGCAACCCAACCAGCGAACUCGAAGAUUCCGGCAACGUGGAUGAGUGCUGGCAGCCCAGCUUCAAUCGCAACGACAUCAUGAUGACCUCCUGCUACGGCACUUUGAACAGCUCCAUCGGCAGCGAAGUUUCGGCCGGACCGCAAGUCUAUAGCGAUGUGCAGCCGAGCAAGAAGCCGGAACCGUUAUAUGCCACGCCCGAAAAGCGCCGCAUAAGCAACCGCAGCUUCGACUCCACAUGUCAAUCGCAGUCCAGCUCCAUCUACGGCGGUUCCAUGAACUCCUCGCUCGAUCUUAAGUUCAUGACGAACGGCUCUUUGGGUGGGGGCAGUGUUGGAAGCGCUGGUGGGGGCAUCAGUGCCACCAGCACCCUUCGUGGCACAUCCGUACCGCCCAUGGACUUAUCCCUAAUGUCGAGCGAUGGCGUCAGCGCAUUGGAUUGGGGUGCGGUCUGUACUGUUUUGGACACGGGAGGCGGUAAUCCUGCAGAGGAAAUUAGCGAAGAAAUGGCAGCAAAGUGCUUGAGUGCCGCGGAAAGUGAUCUUCAAUCCAUUCGACGUCUCUUGGAACACGAUGCCAGCGGCUCCGUUUGCCCCUCGUGCCGCAUCUCCUUCGACAAGGGCAAGCGACGAAAACUGAUCGACACCUGCGGACACGAACGCUGCUAUUCCUGUAUGUUCCGCAACGAUCAGUGCCCCAUGUGCAUGAACAGCUCCCUGAAAGAUGUUGAUGGCGCCAAUGCUCAAGGCUAUGAUACCGGCAUCGGUGGAUCCACAUCAACGAUUGUCAGCCCUCUGGGCUCGCCACAGCCCCAGCUGAGAUCGCAUGCGCAACGGAACGCGGCUCUGGCCCGCUACAUGCAGCAUCGCCAGGAGUCGCAGUCGCCAGAGUAUCACCGAUAUGCGAGCAUUGGCAAGCUGCCCCGAGGGUCUGCGGCAGUCGGCAAUGGACUUGGACAUGCUGGUAAUACACAUAUCGUUACCGCCGACAUUCACCACAUCGGACCCAGCAAGGAGCACAGCAACAGCAACAAUAAUGGCAACAGCAACAACAACAACACCAACACCAAUAGCAGCAGCUGCAGCAGCAACAACAAUCACUCGAACUACGGGGAUCUGAAUGCGGCCGCCUUCGCCACUCCCCCGACGCGACGUCGUUUCUUCAAUCACAAGAAUUUGCGCAACGCCUUGGCCGGACAUCGACGCACAGCCUCCAAUGGCGGCUGCCCCAUUGAUACAACCUCUAUAUUAUCGGGUGGCAGCGAAAUACUGUCCCAGGAGCUAUCGGAGAAACAGCAAAAGGAUCAGUUACGUGCUCGCCUUGGCUUGCUCCUACAUGACAACAGCAGCGACCACAAUGGGAACUCCGCGCACUCGAACACCAACACAAACACCACCAAUAGCAGCAGCAGCAGUGGCAGUGGUGUCAUGGCGGCUACUACUAGCACAACAACCAACAACAACACCACCACCAACAGCAGCAACAGCACCAGUGGCUCCUCCUACUCCUCGCACAACAUAAGCCCCGAACAGACCUUGGCAACGAAUGCUUCCGCUGGACUACUAAGUGGCAGCCAACUCUCGGUUGCCACCACCACCAAGGACGAUGCAUUGAGUCUCUCUAGCAAAUUCAAAAUUGGCUGCACACUCAACGAUCAAGGAUACGAGGCCUUGCCAAUGCCCGUCAAAACCCGUAAAUGCGCAACCCGUAGAUCUGCUCGUGCGCAACAACUUAGCGUGGGUGGAGGAGGGGGAGGAGGAGCUGGAGGUUGUGCCAAUAAGCGCGCAGCUAUCUACAAGCCAGCAGCAGAGGCGGCAGGUUUCGCAGCUGUUCAGCUGGCACUUAAGCCUCUAUUCUUCGAGGUACCCCUUCAGGAGCCUGAUCCGCCCUUCUUUGGGCGCCAAUGGCUGGUGCAUGAGCUAUCCAAUAUUCUACUCGGUACUGAGACGCGCGUUGUUCUGCUGAACGGACAGCCAGGUACUGGCAAGACAGCCUUCAUACUACAGCUGGUGGAAUACUCCUGUUUCGGUCGCCGUCAAGAGGACCCGGACGGGAUCUACAGUCAAAUUGGCGCCUUACACGAGCGCAUGCGGGGCCUGGCCUCCCAUAUUGUGGGCUAUCACUUCUGUCAGGCUGAUGCCAAUCUCACUUGCCUAGUACCCGACUUUGUCCAUUCGUUGGCCGCUCAGCUGUGCCAAGCUCCCCAGUUGACCGCCUAUCGUGACUAUCUACUGUCAGAACCGCAUCUGCAGGACAUACUGAGUGUGCGUGAAUGCAUUGCGGAUGCAGAACGUGUGAUGAGACUGGCAAUACUCGAACCACUAGCAGUGCUGCGACGAGCGAACAAAAUUCCUGCCAAGAUUUGCGUCAUCUUGGUCGAUGCACUUUGCGAAGCAGAGUAUCAUCGUCCAGAUCAUGGGCAUACGAUAGCCAGCUUUCUCGCAAAGUUAACCCCGCUCUUCCCUGCCUGGUUAAAGCUGGUGGCCACCGUGCGUACACAGAUGCUCGAGCUGGUUAAAGCACCCUCCUACACCAAGCUAACCCUGGACAGCUGGAGCAGCAGCCAAGCGCUGCAGCAGGACAUGCUGGACUACAUUAAUUGCCGACUGGCGCAUUCUCCGGAGAUACAGCAGAACAUUGGACAACAGCAGGCGCAGGGACAAACGCAGGGUCAGACGAAAUUCGUGACUCAUUUGCAGGCCUUGAGUCGCGGCUCAAUGCUUUACGCCAAGCUCAUACUCGAUCUCAUUGCGCGUGGUCAGCUGGUCAUUAAAUCGUCCAGCUAUAAGGUGCUACCUGUAUCGCUGGCCCAAAUCUUCUUGCUUCACUUCAAUCUACGAUUUCCCACGGCACACAGCUUCGAGCAGGCAGCACCCAUACUUAAUGUCUGCCUCGCCGCGCUAUAUCCGCUAACGCUGGACGAGAUUUAUUACAGCAUUGGUGCACUGACCAAUGGCCAGGAGUCGCUCACUUGGCCCGACUUCAUGCAACGCUUCAAGCUGUUGGAUGGCUUUCUCAUCAAGCGUCUGGAUAACACCUACAUGUUCUUCCACUCCUCGCUGCGCGAAUGGCUGAUGCGCCGGGACGAGGGCGAGUCCAGCAAGUUUCUGUGCGACGCGCGAAUUGGUCAUGCAGCCAUUGCCUUCCGAUUGUCGCGUCUGCAGGCACCACUGACAGCAGAACAAACCUUGGAGCUGGGCCAUCACAUGCUCAAGGCCCACAUUUAUCGCAAUUGCCAAGCAAAUCUCUCCCCGCGAGAUCUGCAAUCCUUCUGGCUGGCCGGCGUGGCGGACAACAUUUCGGCAGCAUUGGGCGCCUUGCGGAACGUCUACAGUCCCAACUUGAAGGUGUCUCGUCUAGUUAUGUUAGCGGGUGCUUCUCCCCAUCAUCGCACCGACUUUAUGGGUGAUGCGCCUAUUCUGUGCAUAGCCGCCCAUGAGGGUAUCCUGCCCAUGGUCAGUUUGCUGCUUGAGUUCGGGGCCGAUGUGGAGCUCACCAAUAGCCAGGGCUGCACACCACUCAUCCUGGCUGCCAUGCGCGGCCAUUGCGAUGUUGUGCGUCUGCUGGUUGCCGCAGGCAGCAGUCUCGGCCAGGUCGAUACAACGCAACGCUGCGCUUUAGUCCAUGCAGCGCGCAUGGGUCACUUGAAUGUGGUUAAGUACCUGUUGGCCUGCGACUGGACACCUCGAGCGCAUUCGCACGACGUUAGCUUGCAGCUGGCACUUCAGCAAGCACUAAUAGGUGCCGCGGCGCAGGCGCAUGUAACCAUACUGGAGGAUCUGCUCGACUUGGAUGACGUGAAUGUUAACCGAUUGGAACAUAGCAGCGGCGAGUUGGCAUUGACGGCGGCUGCCCGUCAUGGCUGCGUCGAUGCGGUCAUAAUACUGCUCGCACGCGGCGCCAAGAUCGACGCGAGAAACCGGCAGGGCUACACGGCGCUGUGGCUAGCCGUGAAGGAGGGGCAUUGGUCUGUGGUUGAGCAGCUACUACAACAUGGCGCCCAUGUGGACGAGCAUGUGACGCAGGCGCGUAAAACACCUCUCAUGAUUGCCGCCGAGGAGGGACACAUCGAGCUGCUGGAGCUAUUGCUCGCUCGUGGAGCAGCACUGGAAGCGCAGGAUCACGAGGGCUUUACGGCCCUUAGUUGGGCUUGCUUGCGCGGCCACCUGCAGGCGGCCAAGUGCCUCAUCGAACACGGCUGCAAUCGUCAGCACGAGGAUCACAGCGGACGGACUGCCCUGGAUUUGGCUGCUUAUCAAGGCACUGCCAGUUUGGUGCUCUAUUUGCUGGAACAGGGCGCCAACAUAGAGCACAUCGAUGUGCAUGGCAUGCGACCGUUAGAUCGCUCCAUUGCCUGCCGUAAUAUCCAAGCCGUGCAGGUCUUUCUGCGCAAAGGCGCCAAACUGGGUCCCACAACAUGGAGCAUGGCCAUGGGCAAGCCCGAGAUAUUGGUGGUCCUGCUUAACAAGCUGCUCGAAGAUGGCAAUGUACUGUAUCGGAAGAAUCGCUUUCAGGAUGCGGCGCAUCGCUAUCAGUAUGCGCUGCGCAAGAUCUCCGGCCUGGAGCAGUUACUCGAGCGGAAUGCGGUGUUUUCACAGCUGCGCACCAAUCUGUUGCUAAAUCUGUCGCGCUGCAAGCGAAAAUUGAAUGAACUUGACGCCUCCAUAGAUUUGGCCACACAGGCUAUACUGCAAAAGCCGCACAGCUACGAGGGCUACUAUGCACGUGCCAAGGCACGCAUGGAGCAAGGAGCACUUAACGAGGCGCUCGUCGAUGCCAACGAGGCCAUGCAGCAGGCGGCACAGAGCGGAGUGCUCUGUGAAGUUGUUGAGGUGCUGAAACGUAUCCAGACCGAGCUCCUGACACGCAUUACCAGUGAGGAUCAGGCCAAGUUGCCCAAUAGCGGCGCAUGCGCCGUCUACGAAUCUCAGCAUGAGAUCACCGAUUUGUAAAUGCCGAACAUUAUUGUUGUAUUCAAUUCGAAAUAUUCUUAACUUAACUUAGUUAUAAGCUGUUUUUUAUAUUUAUUGCCCUUGCAAAUAUGCAUUUUUGUUCCAUAUAAAGUUUUUUAUUCUUUUCGAUAAAAAAUUAAA